AUGAACAGAAAUCUGCAGCUUCACUGCGUCUCCCUCGAGCGUGAAGUUGAGAGCGUGUGGAACCAAGGGAACACCAGGAUAUCCACCUUGACGGCGAAGAUCAAAGAUAUGGAACUCGAAGAGCAAGGUCUCCGUCGAAAGUGUGAAGACCUCCGCCGUACGCUGGCCGAAAAGAGCAAGAAGUUGGACCAGGCUCAGGAGCUUUACAACAAACUUAAGCAAAAGGUGUUGCUAAGCCAGCCAGCCAACGAUCCGGCUGCUGUCAUGGGCUCGAGGAUAGGUCCAGAGACGAAUCGGUAUGACCUCCAGGGACAGAACUCUGGUGGGAUCGGAUCGAGAACCAAUUACUUCCCCGAUGACUCAAGUUCCGAUACCUGGAACACCAGCUAG